GCUUCCAGGGCACAGACAAGGAAUUUUAAAAACAGAGGACUUUGUAACCACAAAAUACUCUCUGAGAUUUAAAAGGCCACGGAGCUCCAGAUAAAUAAUCAUUUCUCUUUCUUCUAACGUCAUCAUUAUCUCAUCUCUGGGCCAAGAUGUGACAUGAGAUGCUGUUAACAUUUUGCAUUCCUUGAGCAAUCAGUUGAAGAGAUUAAUUUUUUUGCAGAAAGUUGAUUGGCUCUCAAGUUGUCCUUCAUGCCUUCAGUGACCAUUGACGAUGAGGACCACCCAGCCCUGGGAGUUCUACUUUAGGAUGGGAUAAAGAGAGAGUAUUUCCUGCCUGGGUCCUAGACUGGUACCACCUUGCAGGGUGAACAGAGAAACUUCUUCUUCCUAAUUCUGCUCCUCUGUCCUCCGAUUACAAGUUGACACCGACAGCAAGCCACCCAACUCCAUCACACACCGACUGGAGGUAAAGGAAGGGUGGAAAUGAGCUUCUGGACAAAGCUACCAGUAUUGGGGGUGCCAUUGUUCCUUGUCCUCGGCCUUGUUCCCGCUACUGAGACGGAAAGACCCUCCACCCAGGCUAGCGGCGGCACCUGGAGCCCCGGCCACCUGAUGGAAGUACUAGGAGCUCUGUCUGCUGGUAACCCCCCACCCCUGAACCAUUCGCGGAGCCUCAUCAAAACAUUGCUGGAGAAAACUGGCUGCCCACGGAGGACAAACAGAAUGCAAGGAGACUGCAGUCUGUGCUUUGAACCAGAUGCCCUGUUACUAAUAGCUGGAGGAGAUUUUGAGGAGCAGCUCCGAGAGGAAGUGGUCCAGAGAGUUUCUCUUCUCCUCCUCUAUUACAUUAUUCAUCAGGAAGAGAUCUGUUCUUCCAAGCUCAACAUGAGUAAUAAAGAGUAUAAAUUUUACCUACACAGCCUCCUCAGCCUCAGGCAGGACGAAGACUCCUAUUUCCUUUCACAGAACGAGACAGAAGAUAUCUUGACACUCACCAGGCAGUACUUUGACACUUCUAGAAGCCAGUGUAUGGAAACCAAAAUGCUGCAGGAAAAAUCUGGAAUAGUGAGCAGUGACGGUGCUGAUGAAAAUACACUUCCUCAGUUGGCGGCGACAAUCAUCGCUUUGUCCCUCCAAGGUGUUUGUCUGGGGCAAAGGAAUUUGCCUUCCCCAGACUAUUUUACAGAAUAUAUUUUCAGUUUUUUGAAUAGUUCAAAUACUCUCCACCUCUCGGAACUAGACCAACUCCUCAACAUUCUCUGGACCAAAAGUACCUGUAUCAGAAAAGAUAAAAUCCAUCAACUUCAAAGGAAACAGAACAACCUAUCAAUCUAUGAUUGGGGCUACCCUAAUCUAUCCACGGGCCAAGAGUCAGAUGAUGGUUCAGCUUCCUGGGAUGAGUCUUGCUUCUCUGCGGGGCAGCUGGUGGAGAUAUUUCUACAGAACAGUCUUUCACCCAUUUCCAAGGAAGACUUCAAACGAAUGAGUCCUGGAAUCAUCCAGCAAUUACUCAGCUGCUCUUGUCAGCUGCCUGAGGACCAACAAGCAAAGCUGCUACCAACCACUCUGGAGAAAUAUGGCUACAGCACGGCGGCCGUGGCCUUGCUCACACUGGGCUCCAUGCUCGGGACGACGCUGAUUCUGUUCCACAGCUGUGAGGAGACCUACAAGCUGAUUUUACAGCUCUUUGUGGGGCUGGCCGUCGGGACACUUUCUGGUGAUGCUCUGCUCCACCUUAUCCCUCAGGUCCUUGGUUUACAUAAGCAGGAAGGCUCAGAGUUUGGACAUUUCCAUGAAAGCAAAGGCCAUAUUUGGAAACUGUUAGGAUUAAUUGGAGGCAUCCAUGGAUUUUUCUUGAUAGAAAAAUGCUUUAUUCUUCUGGUAUCACCAAAUACUGAGAAAGGCCCAGAAGAUUCACAGGCAGCUGAAAUUCCUGUAGGCAGUAUGACAGCCUCCGACAGAAAAUGCAAAACCAUUAGCUUGUUAGCAAUAAUGAUACUGGCUGGAGACAGCCUGCAUAAUUUUGCAGACGGCCUUGUGAUAGGAGCGGCCUUCUCAUCUUCAUCUGAGUCAGGAGCGACCACCACACUUGCAAUCUUGUGUCACGAAAUUCCACAUGAAAUGGGAGAUUUUGCCGUGCUCUUAAGCUCUGGACUUCCUAUUAAGAUUGCCAUCCUUAUGAAUUUUAUAAGUGCUCUCACUGCCUUCAUAGGACUAUACGUUGGCCUCUCAGUAUCAACUGAUCCGUGUGUUCAAAACUGGAUCUUAACAGUUACUGCGGGAAUGUUCUUAUAUUUAUCCUUGGUGGAAAUGCUUCCUGAAAUGACUCAUGUUCAAACACGGCGACCCUGGUUGAUGUUUCUCCUGCAGAACUUUGGAUUGACCCUAGGUUGGCUUUCUCUCUUACUGUUGGCUAUAUAUGAACAAAAUAUUAAAAUAUAAGUUAAAGAGUCUCAAAAUCCUUCAAAAGCAAAUUUAUACGGCCUAAUUUUGUUUCUUUUGUUGUACUCUAGAGUGGCUGGUAAAUCAAGCAUUUUUAUCUUCAAGGAAGGGUGUGUGUCAUUUAGUUCAUUAACUUAUUAAUUCUAUGAUGCACUUUUGUUUUAGGAUAUAAAUGUCCGAUUGUCCUCAAUUAACAUUUUGGUAUCAGUACCAUGAUGGAACUCCUAUUUUUUUGAGUAAUUAAGAAUUUCUAAAUUAAUGCUGGUAAACUUUCAAACAAUAUUGUUUUGCUAACAAAGAAUGUAGUGUUUGAAGUGGACAGACGCCUGCUGGGAUCAAAUCGGCAGCAACUUCUUUGAUGUCAAUAAUAUUUUUCUUCUUGUAAGAUGAUAAACCAUAAGCAAAAUAAAU